UCCGACUGCACCUCACAGCAUCAUCCGGAGCUAUGGUUAAUCACGCACUCAAUAUUUUCAAUCCCUCUUGGGAUCCUGCACAGGACACCCUCAAAAACAUAGACAAGUUUCCGGAUAAUAGAACCUAUCGAGAUCCUCAUACGCGUAUUAUAAAAUAUAUACAAUUUUGUUGUGACUAGUGACUGUAUCGAAACAUAUUUUACGUGAAUUUUGCUGCAUCAAAACUGAAUUGGUUCGCGUCGCCUUAGAACGCAUUGAAGGUCUGAGAGUCUGUUUAAACGAGGUAUCUCUCCAUCCUUUCAUUUUGCAGUGUGAUGUGCUUGAGGCUGACUCUCUUGUUUCUGUGCUUUGUUGGGCCGGUGGUUUCACGAAAACUUCUCUACAUCCAAGUCAUCACGAAAGACCUCAAAUCUAACAGAAUUCUCGAAUGUGUACAGAUGGACCCCACAGAAAACGAAUCUCUAGACGCAGUUGUCAAGGAAGCUGCUCGCGUUAGCGGUCCGGUGAAGAAGAACUUCUUUAAAAAGAUAGUUGGCCUUCAAAAAAAGGAGAAGAAAGCUUUCGAGUGUCUGGGAACGACCAUUGACGUGACCAAACCUCUAUGGAUGUGCAAAAAAGUCGGAAAAGUCUUUGAUAAGAGCAUCAGACCUAUCCUGUGCCAUCAAGAUGUCAGCAUGGUUUUCGUCGUCAAAAGAGAGAAAGCGAAAGACCACGAUGUGUAUGGUUUCUGCAUCGACCCGGCGAAGUUCUUCGUGUUUCACUAUCUACCCGACACAGCGCACUGCGAACCCGACGAACGGGGCUUCGCGAAGACGGGCAGCGGGAACCUUCAGACGGCCCUUAUUGUCCAGCCCUACGUCCCCAAGGGCUGCGUCAGCUCUGUUUUAGCGUACCUAGAGGAGAAGGAUUUUGUCAUCGUUCCGAACUGGACCCGCCCGGGACAUGUGGAGAAAAUGACCGAAUGUUUCUUCAAGACCCUGAGAAGCACGAUAGACUACAAGCGGGAGCUACGGGUGCUGGCCGGUCAGUUCCUGCAGAAGGACUCGCCGUACAUGCAGGAAGCGAGACGCCGCAAGAUGGUGCUGGAGCCGCCGACCGUCGAGAACCCGUUCAUCACGAAGGAGGACCUGAAAACCCUCCACGAAUCCGUUUUCACCACCGUCGUCAACGCCCUCAGCCCCGAGCACCGGCUGAAAAAGUACAAGCACAAGCUGUACCUCGAACCAAGGCAUAUUGAUACGGUAGAUCAGUUCUUUCUGGCAGCAGUGGCAGAAGCUCGCAAGGAAUCAGCAUCCAAUUACCAGCCCCCUCAGAAGAAGUUACUUAAAAUUGACGAACCUAAUAAGCUCACCGUGAGACAAGCGCUUAGAAUAUUCAUUAUUUCACAGACGAAAUACCGGCGUCUCCUGGUCGGAAUGCUGAUUCUCAUCGGGCGGAUCCACGACACGUGCGAAUUCAUGGGAAACCCUAACCUCCCCCGCCGCAACUCCCUCUCCAAGGAGGAGACCCUCAACGAGCAGUGCGCGACCGCCUGCGAGUUCGUGGCCGAGUUCUCCCGCACGCUCGUCUACUACAAGGACAAAGACAUCAUCGAACCCGCCUGCCUCGGGGCCGUCAGCGGCGUCUGCUCGGACAAGGUCUGCAAGUGCACUCUGGUCACCGACAAAAGCGACCUUGCCAACAGGCCGCCCACGCUCGCGUUCUGCGUGAAGGACAUCACGUUCACCGUCAAGUCCUUCCGCAUCCAGAACGAGCGGCGAAGAGCGAAGAUGGCCGAGAUGAAGAAGCGGAUUAACAGGGUUUGGCAAAAGAGUCCUUGAGACGGAUCCAACCGGUUCCGGGACGUGCAUGAAGUUGCUGUGUGCGACUGGGAUCCUUGAGGUUACGGGUUGGCACCCCAAAAAUUCUGGCCCGGGUGGCUCGGGGGCCCCGGCACACAGUGGAUCGAGUCAAUAGGAGAGGUCGGACAAAAUUUGGUAACUUUAAACGCUUAUA